AUGGCUGAGGGUAAUACUAGUGCUCCAGUUAGACUUGAGGGCAAGUAUGGUGCAAUGCUUGUCUGUUGGGUUUUGGGCAAUGGAUGCCUCUUCUCUUGGAACAGUAUGUUAACUAUUCAGGACUACUAUAUCGCGCUCUUUCCGAAUUACCAUCCCUCAAGGGUCCUUACACUCAUUUAUCAACCAUUUGCAUUGGGAACACUUGCAAUAUUGGCUUACAAUGAAGCAAAAAUUAACACCAGGAAAAGGAAUCUUUUUGGAUAUACUCUUUUCUUCAUCGCUACAUUCAUAGUUCUUGUUUUGGAUUUAGCUACUUCUGGUAAGGGAGGGUUAGGAAGUUUUAUUGGGAUAUGUGUCAUUAGUGGUGCCUUUGGAGUUGCAGAUGCUCAUGUGCAAGGUGGAAUGAUUGGAGACCUUUCAUUCAUGUUACCUGAAUUUUUGCAGUCUUUCCUUGCUGGCUUGGCUGCCUCUGGUGCUCUAACAUCUUCGUUAAGACUAAUUACCAAAGCAGCAUUUGACAAUUCACAGGACGGUCUUCGAAAGGGUGCAAUUCUGUUCUUCGCGGUAUCCACACUCUUUGAGCUGCUUUGUGUCCUCCUAUAUGCAUUUGUCUUCCCUAAGCUACCAAUAGUGAAGUACUAUCGUGCAAAAGCAGCUUCAGAGGGAUCAAAGACAGUUGCUAGUGACCUUGCUGCAGCCGGAGUUUACAAACAAGGACCAGAAACAAAGGAUGAGCAUGAUCCUCAACAAGUUGAGCGACUUAACAACAAAGAAUUGUUAUUGCAGAACAUAGACUAUGCAAUAGAUUUGUUUCUGAUAUAUGCUCUAACAUUGUCGAUUUUCCCUGGAUUCUUGUCUGAGGAUACUGGAUCUCACAACUUAGGAUCAUGGUAUGCACUUGUCCUUAUCGCUAUGUACAAUGUGUGGGAUCUCAUAGGGAGAUACAUCCCACUAAUCAAAUGCUUAAAGCUGGAAUCGCGGAAAGGGCUGAUGGUAGUGAUUCUUUUGCGUUCUCUAUUUGUCCCAGCUUUCUACUUCACAGCCAAAUAUGGUGAUCAAGGAUGGAUGAUUAUGUUAACAUCCUUGUUGGGAGUAAGUAAUGGGCACCUCACAGUGUGUGUCCUCACUUGUGCACCAAAAGGUUACAAGGGACCAGAGCAAAAUGCACUAGGAAAUCUUCUAGUUUUGUUUCUUUUAGGAGGUAUAUUUGCUGGUGUAACUCUAGAUUGGUUGUGGCUUAUAGGCAAAGGUUGGUAAAGCAUCCAUUUUAGCUACUUCCCAAAAUUUGGAAUAGUUAUCUAAUUUCAUUCAAUGUAUAUAUAUGAUGUUCUCUUUUGGCAUUAAA